AUGGCGAAACUGAAUGUGGAGACUCGUUCAUACAAGGAGGCUGUCAUCCCGGCGCCACAGGACUCCCUGUAUAAAGGAGGGAAGUUCAAGAUCCAGAUACUUCUUCCCGAAAACUACCCACUUGGGCCUCCAAUCGUGCGCUUCAUCACGCCGAUCUACCACCUGAACGUGAGUCAGACUAGCGGCCAGGUGUGUCUCCGCUUCCUGGCUGAAGAUGAGUGGGUGGCAGGAGGAACCAUUGAACAGGUGCUGAACGCCUUGUUCUCUCUCCUCAUCCGCCCGGAAGAGGACAACGCCUUUGACCACGAUGUUCUCAACGAAUAUCACCACUACAAGACGCGGUAUGACAGCAACGCCCGGAAAAGUGCUGAAAAGGCCACAUAGAAGUAUAUACAAAUCACUCUAAAAAGAUCAAACAUUGAAGAUUGACAUUUAUGUACUUAUUAAUAGUGUUCCUGGCACUGAAGCUUAACGUAAUUCAGUACAAUGACCCCAUGUAACAAUUUUAUAAACAUUUUAUUCCUUGAAUGGGAUCGGGCGAUUUGAAAAAUGGAGCGUCUUUAAAGUUCACGUUGUUAUAGUGAAAAAAGGCUUGGGUGCCAUCUUCCAGAGUUACAACCGGCUCCGCAUUGAUGCGCGCCUGGAUGUCAUCCAUAAAGUUAAGUCGGUGUGGCCUAAGUCGCUCGGCAAGGCGAUAUUAAAUUUUCAAGUACUGUUGCCAUAGAGAUGAAAAUUCCAAUUUACGUCAACUUGACGUUGACAGCGCGUUAUGGGGAGAGUUAUUUCUUUUAAAAACAGAAUUAGUCUGCUGCCUAAGCUGCAAAUCUAACAGGGAGGGCUGAUGUAUCAUUUACCUUAAAUUGCAUUUGAAAUAAAACUCCUGCUUUGUUAUACGUCUUAGGGCACAUUUUAUUUAAGGCAUAUUUGUUGGCAUGUUUUACGUAUUAAGAAUAGUUCCAAAACCGACCUUGUGGAAAAAGGUGAAUUGAAAUAUCGCGCAGGCACGGGGAUGGUUGUAGUUAUUCCAGACGUCAAGAAUUGACUUUUAGGAUUCGAAUCAGCGGUUACAAACCGAAUUCUAUUUACACAACACCCGUCAGCGAUGCCCGAGUUUUGAGUCACUUUUUGUAUGACUAAAGAUGGUUAAAAUAGGUCUCUUGAAGAAGUUGGCGGUGUUAUAGUUAUAGAUGACAAGCAAGUUUAUUCCUAUUAUGCCUAGUCUAAGUCUUGGGCUGUAAAUUAUUAGUAUCAAUUUCUUUAUUUUCCUAUGUUUUUAAAGAACAACAAAACAUUGAUUUGUGGUAACAUUAGAUACGUAGCGUUUAAAGGAAUUUAUUAGGGUGCUAUAUUGACAUUGAAUGUUCAGUAAAAGAAAAUACAUGUGUAGACUUCCGUUGUUUCACAGAUUAUCAGGGCAAAAUGGACAACAUGAAGACGAAGAUGUGUCCUCACUCCUCCUGCUAUUUUUCGGCCAGGAGAGAGA